AUUUGACGUAAAACAGCUUCAUUGUAGCAAAUUUGGUCAGAUUCCGUUUUCGUUGUUUCGUGUUUCAUCAAAUUAGAUUAUUUACAUGAAUUAAAUUGCUUCUUGAUGAGUGCUACUGCGUGUGCUAGUUGCUGAAGAUUAUAUGUUCAGAAUUCUUUUCUGAAACGGCGACAGCAGACAUUCUGUAUGCAACUAUUACGCGACGAAUCUGCAAUGUCUUACCAAGGAUCACCAUAUUCGGGCCCUGGAGACGAGUAUGACUUUGAAGACGACGGCUACGAUGACUUAGAUGAAUACCGAGAUCAAGAAGAUGCCCUGCCGUUGCCUCCAGCUGACGACAGCGAUGAGGACACUGAAGAAGCCAGUGAGACAGAAAUGCCGCACAAUGAUGAGCCACUUGAGAUCAAGGAACAAAUGUACCAAGACAAGCUGGCGAGCCUGAAAAAGCAGCUGCAGCAGCUGGAGGACGGCGUGCACCCCGAGUUCCUGCGCCGCGUGAAGCGCCUCGAGCACCAGCUGCACGAGCGCAUCCGCGUCAACCGGAUAUACAAUUAUGUCCCCAGAGAGCACAUGUACGAAGUGGUGGAGAGAGAGUAUGUGGCGGAGAAGAAGGCCGCUGCCAAGGAGUUUGAGGAGAAGAAGGUGGAACUCAGAGAAAACCUCCUCAACGACUUUGAAGACAAGAGGAAGAUGAUCGAGAGCGAACGGCAUAGCAUGGAGCUGAAUGGAGACUCUACAGAGGUGAAGCCAGUAAUGAAGCGCAUACUCCGGCGGCGCGCCAACGAGCCUGCCCCCGCGCCAGAGAAGCGUCGCAAGCCGCUGGCGACCACCCUCACCUUCCAACUAGACGAGCGGGACAUCGAGGCGGACCUGCGCGCGAUAUCUAAACACUCGCCGCCGCCCACCCGCCAUCACUCGGUGCAUACUGCGCAGCCGAGGAAGCAUAUGAAUAGUAGUAGUUGUGAAUCCCCAAUCCGCGAAGGCGACACAACAAUGGAAACCCGCGUAGAAGACGGCAAGUUACUCUACGAGCGGCGCUGGUUCCACCGCGGCCAGGCCGUGCACGUGGAGGGCCGCGAGCUGCCGCGCUUCCCGGGGCACAUACACGCCAUCACUGAUGAGGCGAUAUGGAUAAGGAAGAUAAAUCUCGAGCGCGUGCGGAUAUACACGUCGCAACUGGCACGGGGAAAAGUGACGUUAAAAAGACGUGCGUCCUAAAACUAUAUGUGUCUCUUUCGUGUAAGUGGUUAAAUUAAGUUGUACGCGGUUGUGUGAGUGCGACAGACUGCUCAAAAUGUACAGAGAUUGAAGCGAUGCUCGGUUUAUUGUAUUAUUUUUUGUUUAUUUAUGAAUGAAUGAACUUCGUUUAUGUAUUGUAUUGGAAUGAUUUGCGACAAAAUUUACUUAGUUUGAUAAUGUGAGUCUUGUUACUGAUUGGUGAUUAGAAACAAAGAUUAGUUUUACCGAGUAAAAUUACUUUUCUUAUUUUUAUAUUAAACUGUUAGAUGCUUGUUUAAUUGCGUCCGAAUGAUUCUACUCCCAUAAAGUGCAAUAAUGAUUCAUA